AUGACCGACCACGCGGUGGCCGAAGAAGCCAACGCUGCUAAGCGCUUGUUGGAAAUCGGAGGACAAGGUCGGAGAGACGUCAGACGACAGCCCGACCCCAGAAGGAAGGAUCAGGAUGGGAAUCCGAUCAACACCCCCCUAUCGAGACCGAUCGGGGAAAUCUUGGAGUAUGCUCAAUCCUGCAAUAUGAUUCAACUCCCAACCCCGGCGAGAGAUGGCCCCGAUAAAGACAAGUACUGUGCCUAUCACCGGAACCGGGGGCACGAAACCGACGAGUGCCACGUCCUCAAAGGGCUGAUCGAAGAUCUCUUGCGCUCGGGGGAACUGGCGCAGUUUGCUGCCGAGAAGAAAAAUAACCGACGACGAGGGUGGAAGAAAUACUUCAAGAAGUCAAACAAAGACAAGAAAGAUAAGGGGCCAGAACCCGACCAUGCCCCUCCUGCCGCGGGGUCGAAACAGAUCAUUCAUGUUAUCUUUGGCGGGCCGGAGGAGGGCGACGAUCCGGAGCGCCGACGAGCUUGGUCGAGGGAUUUGCCUGUAUGUUCGGUCAGCACCAGUCAACCCGAGAAGAGAAUGAAAGACGAGCCGAUAACCUUCACCGACCGAGACCUUCCCCUUGGAGGAGAUCAAUCUGCCGAGGCAUUAGUUAUCACUGUUGACAUCUGCGGAGCUGAGGUCCGAAGGGUGAUGGUGGACACUGGCAGCAGCGUUAAUGUGCUGUACUUAGAGGCCUUCCAGAAGCUGAAAAUCGAGAGGUCAGCAUUAACGCCGGUCCGAACCCCGCUGUCAGGCUUCACCGGCGAUAUGGUUCACCCUGAAGGAAUGGUCGUUCUCCCUGUAGAGGUCGGAGUUUACCCCAAGGUCCUAAAGGUGGAGAUGGAGUUUAUUGUCGUCAAUCUGGCGUGUGUGCACAACGUCAUCUUAGGUCGGCCAGGAAUAGCCCAGAUGAAGGCGAUCAUCUCCAUGCCUCAUCUGUGUAUGAAGUUCCCAACCCCGGAGGGUGUUGGGACGGUCCGGGGAGACCCGCGAUCGGCCAGGUUGUGCUAUGUCCGGGCAGUAGAGAAACAGUCCGCGAGCACGUCUCGCGUGAACACCAUUGCCCGGCGGAAAGACGAAGAAAAGAAGGAACAGCCUGGGCCGUCUGAGAUCGUCGAAGAAGUGCCCUUAGAUACAGCUUGGCCCGAAUGA